AUGGCCGCAAGCAAGGCAACCCGCUUGGGAGAGGAAAUCUGGAAAACCCGCAUAGACAAAGUCAACGCCGAGCUCGUCACCCUCACCUACGGAACAAUUGUUGCGCAGUUGUGCAAAGAUUACGAUAGCGACUAUGUCGAGGUCAACAAGCAGCUGGACAAGAUGGGAUACAACAUCGGCCUUCGUCUCAUUGAGGAUUAUUUGGCAAAGUCGAAUACAAUGAAGAGAUGCGCAAACUUUCGCGAGACCGCAGACGUCAUUGCAAGAGUCGGCUUCAAGAUAUUUCUAAACAUCACGCCACAGGUGACCAACUGGACGACGGACAACAAACAGUUCUCGCUUGUGUUUGACGAAAACCCUCUCGCAGACUUUGUCGAGCUGCCCGAUGACGAGCGAGCGCAGGAUGAGCUCUGGUACUCCAAUAUCUUUUGUGGAGUCUUGCGGGGAGCUCUUGAGAUGGUGCAGAUGCAGGUCGAAGCGCACUUCAUCAGUGACGUUCUGCGAGGCCAUGACACGACCGAGAUGAGGGUGUCAUUAGUGCGGUACAUUGACGACGAGCUUCCCCCCGAAGAUGACUAG